AUGCAAUCAGAGUCGCGAGCCAAAAUUGAUAGCAGCACCAAAAACCUUCCCAGAGAAAGUGUCCGCAAGCUUCCGAAAGCUGGGCCCACUAUUCGCAACUUAGGAGUCACUGGCAAAGUUUCAUCCCACCACGGCAAAAUAAACCGAACCAAGGGCAAAUUCAGCACAACCACAACAAACUUAACUGACGAGCGCGAAAUCAUAACAAUCAAAGGCAUUGAAGUCGACGUCACACCUAUGCCCCUUAUCAUCCUAGCUGAAGAAGAAAAAGGUGAGAAGAAAGACGGAGAACAAACUGGAUCAUUAAAAGCAUCUUCAUCAGAGCGCAAAGAAUCAGAAGCUUCAGCAUCUCAGUCUCGAAGCGAAAUAAAAUACUCUUACUUAGUUAUUUAGUGUUGAGUUUGCCGUUUGAUUUACAGGUGUUUUGCAUAGCUGUACAAGCCCGACCUUUACAUUAUGGGCAUUUUUCCUCGUUGCCAUUUUUAUAUGCAGGUGAAAUCAUCAUAAACGCUCGUGCCACCUUUCAGAUGCUUAAACUCGAAGGACUUAUUGUCUCGCUCUGGGCUUGAUUCCUGCUCAUGAUCUUCUAAGGGUAUCCCUCAUUGGUAUAGCUGAGAAGCAAAGCCUAUGCCAAGGACCAAAGCCUCCCACCCUAUGUGGUACACCUUUUUGGUAUUGCUGGCUAAUGGUACCAGAUAAAACUGAACCCCAUAAUAAAAAAAUUACAUGAGGAUGAAUAGUUAUCUUAGAUUACUCAUUCCGAUGAUAUAUAUUAAUUUUAUGAAAUAAAUACUCAGAAAUAGGAGGAAGCUCCUUAUUACGAUCAGCUGACCAAAGUGAAGUUUUCUCUGAAGUCUCUGAUGAAACUGGCAGAGAUGUAAAAGCUGCUGAAGAAACUAAAACUGAAGAUAAAGGCUUGAAAGAAGAAGAUUUAGACAAACUUGUGGACAUCAAUUUGAAUGAGACUGAAACCUUCACUCUUUUUUAUUUGCCAAGCAUUGCUGUGAGCGCUAAAUCAGAAACUAAAGAACUUUCAGAUGCUGAUAAUGAAAAGUAUAAAUUGCUGCUGAAGGAAAAAAUUGCGAGUGAUAAUUUCCAGAUGAGGCCAGCGCAGACGACAAAUUUGAUGCCAAAAGUAAAAGAAGUCGUCACUGAAACUAUAAAGAGGCACGAAUUCGACUGUGAAGUGACUGAAUGGAUGCUUCAUGACGCCUUUUUGGAAGAAAUCCAGCCUGCACAUGAGCAGGUGGCAAAGGUGUUUUCAAUUGAAGUGAAUUCAAGCCUAAAUGAUCAGCUCAAGCAUCGUGGGACUUUAUUAGACCCAGAAAGCUCACUUACAGAAACUUACAGCUUAAGUAUUUCACAAACCCAGCCAAGCAACCAGCUAAAAGAUACAGGCACAACCAGUAAAGCUGCAAGAGAGUCUAGAAGAGUGGAUCAGUCAAGCAGAAGUGUCCUAUCCAGCUCCUCUGUAGAGCAGUCCAAGCGUUCUCAAACAUCAGCAGCCCAUGAAAAUGAGCCUACUCCAUUCCGACCUCCAGAAGACAUCAUACUUCCAGACAGUCUUCUCGCCAAAUUUAACAUUGUAGAAAGAAUUUUAACCCAAAAUAGAUACCUAGAGCAACAAAUUUUAUAUAGAAAUUACCCCAAGGUGGAGUUUACUAAAGUUGUUGAAGAAGAAAAACAAGAUGAUAAAGGGAAAUCGAAAAUAAGAAGGCUGAAAGAUAUGGUGGAAAAGAAAGAAGAGAAAAAAGAAGAAGAAAAGGAGGAUGAGGAUGAAGGAGCUACCAAGAUGAUUGACCUCUUUAAGUUCCAAUGCAGCGAAGUGGAAAAUAGGCUUGUUAGCUGCGCUGAUUGAAAUACUUUGAAUCCUGAUCUUCUCGCAGUUUCAUAUGGAGAGCAUGAUCCUUAUUCAAGAAAACCUGGGAAAUUGCUAUUUUGGACACUAAAAAGUCCGAAAUUCCCUGAAAGAAUUAUUGAAGCACCCACAGGACUGAUUUCUUGCCAUUUUUCUAAAAAUAACCCUAGCUUGAUAGCUACUGGAAGCUAUGAUGGUGUUGUAGCGAUCUAUGAUGUAAGGAAAAAAGACAACAAACCAGUCGCAGAAUCAAGCCAAAUGCUUGAAAAGCACAUUGACACUGUCUGGGAAGUUAGGUGGCAUGAUCAAGGCAGCGAAAAAGGUGAAAAUCUGAUCUCCAUUUCUUCAGAUGGAAGAAUCACUGAAUGGAGCAUCAAAAAAGGCUUAGAAUGCCGAGAUCUCCUCAACCUUAAAAAGCCUACAAACCCAAACCAAAAAGAUGACAAAGAAGCUGCAGUGUUCAGAAAUGCGGUUGGAUUUUCAUUAGACUUCCCAAGAGAUCAAAACUUGCUAUAUUUAGCAUCUACUGAAGAAGGGACCAUCCACAAAUGCAGUCUAAGCUACAAUGAUGAGCUUGAUACUUAUUGGGGCCAUGCAGGACCAGUUUACAAAGUCCGCUGCAAUCCGUUUUGGUCAAAUAUUAUGCUUACCUGUUCAGCUGACUGGACAGUUCAAAUAUGGGACUGGAGAAGAGAAGAAAACUCAAUCAUGACUUGCCAAGCACAAGAUUUAAGGGAUGCAGUUAACGAUAUUGAGUGGUCGCCUCAUGAUUCAACUAUUUUUAGCUCUGUUGCUGAUGAUGGAAGAAUUGAACUGUGGGAUCUAUCUGACAGUAAUACAAAGCCUAUUGUUACAAGAAAACCAGAGAACAGGGACUCACCAAGGACUAUGGUGAGAUUUUGCAAAGAAUUCCCAGUUCUAGUGUCAGGAAAUGCAGCUGGGGUUGUAGAUGUGCUGAGGCUGAAGUAUCCGGAGAGGCCGCUGAUGACAAAAGAAGAACAGAAAAAGAAGCUGGAAAAAGCAGUAUAUCCUGCUGGGAGAGCUGGAAAGGAUGGAAUUGCAGGAGACGAAGAUGAAGAAGAGAUGGAAGAGCAAGCAGAAUAA